UCAUAUCGAUAAAACAUGGCAGUGAGGUCGAAUUACGAGCUUACGAGAGCGGACUCUUAUCGAGUCGCGACGGUUAUUGCAACCGAUGACGACAAUCGCACAGCCGAUGGCCACUUCAAGUCAAGACGCAAGAUGCCGGCCAAGCAGCUAAAAAAAGAGAAUUUAGAUGAUCUCAAACAGGAGUUGGACAUCGACCAUCAUAAAAUCUCUCCUGAGGAUUUGUAUCAGCGCUUUCAGACACAUCCCGAAAAUGGUUUGAGUCACGCCAAGGCCAAGGAGAAUCUGGAGCGAGAUGGUCCCAAUGCGCUCACACCGCCCAAGCAGACACCCGAAUGGGUGAAGUUCUGCAAGAAUCUGUUCGGUGGCUUCGCCAUGUUGCUGUGGAUCGGUGCUAUACUUUGUUUUGUGGCCUAUUCGAUUCAGGCCACCACCAGCGAGGAGCCAGCCGAUGAUAACUUGUAUCUGGGUAUUGUACUUUCCGCUGUCGUCAUUGUGACAGGCAUCUUCUCCUACUACCAGGAAUCGAAAAGUUCCAAGAUCAUGGAGUCGUUCAAGAACAUGGUGCCCCAGUUUGCCACCGUUAUUCGCGAGGGCGAGAAACUCACGCUGCGCGCCGAGGAUCUCGUGUUGGGCGAUGUGGUCGAAGUUAAGUUCGGUGAUCGUAUUCCCGCCGAUAUUCGCAUCAUUGAGGCACGCAACUUCAAGGUGGACAACUCAUCGUUGACUGGUGAAUCGGAGCCGCAGUCCCGUGGCGCUGAGUUCACACACGAGAAUCCUUUGGAGACUAAGAACUUGGCCUUCUUCUCGACCAACGCCGUUGAGGGCACCGCCAAGGGUGUUGUCAUCAGCUGUGGCGAUCACACUGUGAUGGGUCGCAUUGCUGGCUUGGCAUCCGGUCUGGAUACCGGUGAGACUCCCAUUGCCAAGGAAAUCCAUCAUUUCAUCCAUCUGAUUACCGGUGUCGCUGUAUUCUUGGGCGUUACCUUCUUCGUCAUUGCCUUCAUCUUGGGCUAUCACUGGCUGGAUGCUGUCAUCUUCCUGAUUGGUAUUAUUGUCGCCAACGUGCCCGAGGGUCUGCUGGCCACCGUCACGGUGUGCUUGACCCUGACUGCCAAGCGUAUGGCAUCGAAGAAUUGUUUGGUAAAGAAUUUGGAGGCUGUCGAAACCCUGGGUUCCACCUCGACCAUCUGCUCUGAUAAGACCGGCACCCUCACCCAAAACCGUAUGACAGUCGCUCACAUGUGGUUCGACAACCAGAUCAUUGAAGCCGAUACCACUGAGGAUCAGUCGGGUGUUCAAUACGAUAGAACAAGCCCUGGAUUCAAGGCGCUCUCUCGCAUUGCCACUCUCUGUAACCGCGCCGAAUUCAAAGGUGGCCAGGAUGGUGUGCCAAUUCUCAAGAAGGAAGUCAGCGGCGAUGCCUCCGAGGCUGCUCUGCUCAAGUGCAUGGAACUCGCUCUCGGCGAUGUGAUGAACAUCCGCAAGCGCAACCGCAAGAUCGCUGAGGUGCCAUUCAACUCAACCAACAAGUACCAGGUGUCGAUUCACGAAACCGAGGAUACCAACGAUCCACGCUAUCUGCUGGUCAUGAAGGGUGCUCCCGAACGUAUUCUGGAACGCUGCUCGACCAUUUUCAUCAACGGCAAGGAGAAGGUGCUCGACGAGGAGAUGAAGGAAGCGUUCAACAACGCGUACAUGGAGCUUGGAGGUCUGGGCGAGCGUGUGCUCGGCUUCUGCGAUUUUAUGCUGCCAUCCGACAAAUACCCAACUGGCUACAAGUUCAACACCGAUGACAUUAACUUCCCCAUUGACAAUCUGCGUUUCGUUGGUCUCAUGUCUAUGAUUGAUCCCCCACGUGCGGCUGUGCCCGAUGCCGUUGCCAAGUGCCGUUCGGCUGGUAUCAAGGUCAUCAUGGUUACUGGUGAUCAUCCCAUCACUGCCAAGGCUAUUGCCAAAUCUGUGGGCAUCAUCUCUGAGGGCAACGAGACCAUUGAGGAUAUCGCCCAGCGCCUCAACAUCCCUGUAUCGGAGGUCAACCCUCGCGAAGCUAAGGCCGCUGUUGUGCACGGUGCUGAGCUCCGCGAUGUGUCCUCUGAUCAAUUGGAUGAAAUUCUCCGCUAUCACACCGAGAUUGUCUUCGCCCGUACCUCGCCCCAACAGAAGCUGAUCAUUGUCGAGGGCUGCCAGCGUAUGGGAGCCAUUGUGGCUGUAACUGGUGAUGGUGUCAACGAUUCUCCUGCCCUGAAGAAGGCUGAUAUUGGUGUUGCUAUGGGUAUCGCCGGUUCCGAUGUGUCCAAGCAGGCUGCUGACAUGAUCUUGUUGGACGACAACUUUGCCUCGAUUGUGACUGGUGUUGAGGAAGGUCGUUUGAUCUUUGACAAUCUGAAGAAAUCCAUUGCCUACACUCUGACCUCCAACAUACCCGAAAUCUCACCUUUCCUCGCCUUCAUUCUGUGCGAUAUUCCACUGCCAUUGGGUACCGUGACCAUUCUGUGCAUCGAUUUGGGCACUGACAUGGUGCCAGCCAUUUCCUUAGCCUAUGAGACGGCUGAAUCCGAUAUUAUGAAACGCCAGCCCAGGAAUCCCUUUCAAGAUAAGCUGGUCAACGAAAGAUUGAUUUCCAUGGCCUAUGGACAGAUUGGCAUGAUCCAAGCUGCUGCCGGUUUCUUUGUGUACUUUGUCAUUAUGGCUGAGAACGGUUUCCUGCCAAUGAAACUGUUUGGCAUCCGCAAGAUGUGGGACUCCAAGGCCGUUAACGAUCUAACUGAUUCGUACGGUCAGGAAUGGACCUAUCGCGAUCGCAAGACUUUGGAAUACACCUGCCACACUGCCUUCUUCAUCUCGAUUGUGGUUGUGCAAUGGGCCGAUUUGAUCAUCUGUAAGACGCGUCGUAACUCCAUCUUCCACCAGGGCAUGCGCAACUGGGCCUUGAACUUUGGCCUUGUUUUCGAGACAGUUCUCGCUGCCUUCCUCUCAUACUGCCCCGGCAUGGACAAGGGUCUGCGCAUGUACCCCUUGAAACUUGUCUGGUGGUUCCCAGCCAUUCCAUUUAUGUUGGCCAUCUUUGUGUAUGAUGAGACACGUCGUUUCUACUUGCGUCGCAACCCAGGCGGCUGGUUGGAGCAGGAGACAUACUAUUAAACACCUACACACAGCCACGCCCACAUCCACACCCACACACAUCUACACCAAGCAGAAGAAGAAGAAGAAGAAGCAGGAGUAGAAGAAGAACAACCAACACAGAGUACUACACAGAUUCAGCAAGAGCAACAAAUAGUAAUUGUUUAUUUACCACAAAGUGCAACCACAGCGAUCACAGAUAUCUGUGUGGCUGGCUAUGACAACAACAACAACAACUGCAACAACUGCAACUGCAAUUGCAACUGCAUCUGCAUUGGCAACUUGCAACAUGCAACAGCAAUACCUUGAAAUGCAGCAGCAAGAACAACAAGAGCAACAGCUAUAGCAUAAAACAUAUUGAGAUAUGUUUUAGAAUUUUAAUUUAAUUAUUUAAAGUAAACAAACAAAAAGAAAACAAAUGCAAGCGAUAAUUAUUUUAAACAUUUAAGUAAAUUUAAAUUAUAAAUUAAAGCUAUAAAUAAGAUUUAAAUAAAAUAAAGUAAAAACUUUCAACAAAAAAACAAACAAACAAACAAAAACAACCAACCAAGAAACAAAAUUUCGAAACAAUAACAAGAUGAAACCCCAACAAAGAACUCAGCAAACAAUAACCUAACAAAGUUUUUAGUAAAAUUAUUUAACAAAAACAAAGGCAAGAAGAAGAACAACAACAAUAUUCAAAUAAACAAGAACAGAAACAUACAAAACAAACAAACAUAAACAACGCAAACAGCGCAAAGAAACAAAAGCAAAGCUAAAGCGCAACUAACAUUAAUAAUAUUUACAUACCUACUCACACACACAGAUACAUACAAACAAACACACACACAAACACAACACACACACUCAACGCAUGAAGAGACAAAUUAUAUAAGAAGUUUAGAAAAAUUAAAAGAAAAACUAAAACGAAAAUUUUGACAAAAAUAAAAAAAGAUGAAUAAAUUAGCGUAGUUACAAAAUAAGCAGAAAAGGAAGCAAAGAUAAACCAAGAAAUAAACAAGAAACAGCAACAACAACAAAAAACAACAAAACAACUUUCGAAAUAUUUGUGAGGCAACCGUGAAAACCGAAACAAAUUUAAAAUAAACGAAUAAAAUGAAUAAUAAUAAAAAGAAAACAAAACAAAACAAACCAAACAAAGAGGCAACACAAUUAUUAUAAUUGUUUAUAUAUAUACACACAUAUAUUAUAUAUGGAAAAAAAUUUGAUUAUAUAAAUGGAGCUAUACAAUACUUACACCAACAACAAAAAAGAUAAAACCAAUAACAAGACCUACCAACUGGCGAAGUGUGGAGACGGAGAUGCUGAGCGAGAGGCGAGGGGGAGGAGUCAGAGUGAGAGUGCGGCAUUGAGCCAGAGGAGGAGCGGGAGCGGGAGAGGAGGGAAGAGAAGGCGCCAUGGAAGCAGCUAGCAGCAAUUUGUUAUAUGAAGUAUGAGUAAAAGUUUAUAAAAGCCAUAAAACAUAACAUGUAAUAUUGUGCUUUAUGUGCAUUUUAAGCCCAAAAAACACACACACACGCACACCACGCAAAGAUGUGUGCGUGAGCGUGAGUGUGUGUGCAGCCACGCCCACAAAAUGAAUGUUUGUAAUGUUUUACACGGCACAGCGACCCACAACGGGACGACAAGCCCAAGGCAGUAGCUAAACAGUAUUGUGUUUUUGUAUAACUUUCGCUUUUCACACACACACACACUGAGACACACACCACACACACACACACACACAUACACAUACAAGCAAACACUGAUUAGCGGCUAAAUAGUUGGCAUUUAGCAUCGCAAUAAGUUGAGUGCGGUUGAAAUACAAAAGGCCAACAAUGCGCUCGCUCUUGACUAAUUGGAAAUUUGUGAAAAGUCAUUCAGUCAGUUUGUGUGUGUCAGUGUGUGUGUGUGUGUCAGUUAGUCACACCCACAAGUCACAAAUAAUCCACACACACACACAAACACAUUGCAGAGACAUAAAUCCGCCGCUGCUUUUCAAUCUGUUUUUGGAUUUGUUAUCUUUUUCAUUAUGAUUUGGAUGAUGUUUUAAUGAUCAUUGACAUUGAAAUUAAUGAUACUGAUUGCAUUAUGGCAUGUUAGUUAUGACAAACAAAAACAAAAUUAUUAUUAGUUGUUAACAAAUUAUAUUGAAUAAUAAUAAUAAUAAUAAUAUUAAUGACGAUGUUCAUGAUCAUGAAUGUUGUUGAUGUGAAAGUGAAACUAAGCUAAAAACGAAAACAAAAACCAAAAAAAAAAAAAAAAAAAAAAAAAAAAAAACGAAA